AUCUGCUUUCUACAGACAUCACUGCCAGGGAGUUCAUGGAGCUCCGAGGGAAGCAGCGUAGCCGCUACGAGCUGCUGGUGGACUUCCUGUCGGAGAUGCUCUCCGUCCCACCGGGUGACGUUAACAUCUUCAGCCUCAUGGACGUGAAGGAGCGAAUGCUGGACGUCCGCUUUGCUGUGAGCGCAGGCCCCUCUUUCCUGCAGCCGGAGAAAAUGCAUGGAUACCUAGCCGCCCACAAACAAAAGCUCCAGUCCUUCCUGCAGGUCAGCGUGUUCCAGGUCCGGGUGGACGAGUGUCCCGGUUCAGAGUGCGCUGACUCCGGCGGCUGCACCAGUGUGCUGGAGGUGCGGGACGCACCCACGGUGGUGGACUGUGGCACCAUGAGCCUGGUUUCCGUCAUGGUGGAGUCCAAGGCUGUGUGCUCCUGCCCGGGACGGGAGCAGUCCCAUCAGCCUUGCGCCUCGUAUCCCAGAAACCCCUGCUUCAACGGAGGGCUGUGCGUGGACACGCAGCACGGCUACAGGUGCCAGUGCCCUGCUCAGUUCGAGGGACCUGAAUGCCAGCAGAACAAGCACAGUUUCCAUGGCAAUGGCUAUGCUUGGUUUCCUCCAAUGAUGCCUUGUUUUGAGAGCCAUGUGUCGCUGGAGUUUAUCACAGACGUGGCUGAUGGACUGCUGCUGUACAGCGGCCCACUUGCACAGCUGCAAGCCUGGGACCACGAGGACUUCAUGGCCAUAGAGUUAAUAGAUGGGACCCCAACCUUGAAAAUCAACCAUGGCUCUGGCACACUUGUGCUGCAGCUGCCAGGGAACAUCAACGUGGCAGACAGGCGCUGGCAUCGGCUGGACGUCCGUAGCAACAGCAAGGAAGUACGCUUCACCUUGGACCGAUGUUCAGGAGCAGCAGUGAUGGAAAUGGAGGGUCUGGGCAGCUGGCUGACCACUGAGGACCACUCCUCCUGUGAAGUGAUGGGUGUUACACCCAACGCUGACAGACACCUAAACACGAGUCAAGUUCUCCAGCUCGGCGGUGUGAACGAGGACAUUCCCUACAUCUACCCUCAGCUUCAGCACAAACACUUCACCGGCUGCAUCCGCAACCUCAUUGUGGACAGCAAGCUGUAUGAUCUGGGCUCCCCGGCCGACUGGCAGUCCAGCUCCCCAGGCUGCCUCACCACUGAUAGCAGCUGUGUCAACAUGGGCUUCCCAGCCUGCGGCCAUCGCGGCCGCUGUCAUGGGGAGUGGGGCUCCUUCAGCUGCCAGUGUGUGGCCGGAUACACGGGACAGCAGUGUGAAGAAGAGGCCCCGGAGUAUUCCUUCGACGGCCACAGUCAUCUGCAUUACCAGCUGGCGUCUGCACUCCCGGCCCGAAGAACGUGGAUCCAAGUCCUGGUUCGAACCCGGAAACACAGCAGCAUCAUCAUCAGCCUGGUGUCCAGGGACCAGAGUGAAUACCUGCGACUGGAGGUCUUUCAGGGCCUUCUUUGCACUUUCUACAACCUUGGGGACGGAGAGUAUAACCUGACCCUACCCAGCUAUCGCCUUGACAACGGCGAGUGGCACGAGGUCUCCUUGGACAGACAUGACAACGAGAUGACGCUGCGGCUGGAUGGCGGCGGAGGGAAGCGGGAGGUGACGGGAUCGCAGAGUAGAAGCCGAGAAAUCAUCAUCGACCCGACCGCCGUGAUGCUGGCGAACUCCUUCCCCUCGGAAAGCAACAAGAGCUUUCAAGGCUGCAUCAGGGAUCUACGCCUCAACGGCCGUUACAUGCCACUAGACAGCCAGCCACGGGACGGGGUUUCCCAGGUCAGCGUGCAAGGGCUCUCCGUCGGAUGUUCAUCAGACUCCUGCAAAAAGUACCACUGUAAAGCCCCGUUUACCUGCGUGGACUUGUGGAGAGUGCACGAAUGCAGGUGUCCUCCUGGUCACAUGAUCCAUGUGAACGGCACCAAAAAGUCCUGUGUGUACACGCUAUGCGCGACGCGGCCUUGUCACCGGGGAACCUGCGUGGCCCAGUCACCCUCUAAAUUCACCUGUCACUGUCCAGAGGGCUACAGGGGGCGCCACUGUGAGACAACAUUGGCUGUUUAUAGGGAGGACGUGGGCCUGAGCUUCAGCUCGCUCUUUGCCAUCUGUAUCUGCUUCAUGGCGUUGCUCGUGCUGCUGCUGGGCAUUUUCCUCUACACCCGCUGGCGGAGCUACAAAGGUCUGAAGGAGGGCGUGUACCAUGUGUCGGCGCACCACGACGGCUGGGAGGACAUCCGGGAAAACGUGCUCAACUACGACGAGGAGGGAGGCGGCGAGGAGGACCAGAACGCCUACGACAUGGCGGAGCUGCAGAAGUCCCUUCAGCCAAGCCCCGCCCAGUCGGUCCAGUACUGCCGCUCCAGAGCGCUGCACCACCCGCCGCCUGCCCACCACCUGCACCACCUGCUCCACCAGGCUCCGCCCGUCCCGGCCUCCGCCCCUCCGCUGGACCCCCUCAGCCGGACGUCCAGCUCCACCACCCUGCCUCCCUCGGCCGCCUCCACGUCCUCCACGGCCACCACCACCGCCAGCCUCCGCAGGGACGUGCCCCCUGCGCGGCCCCCCGCCCAGGGCCAGGCACGCCCCUCCCAGCUGGCACGGCGCUCCCUCUCCUUCUCCAGCCAGGACCUGGCCCGCUACCUGUGUGAGAUCAUCCGUGACGCCGACCAGCACCCGGACACGGGGCCCUUCGACUCCCUGCAGGUGUUCUCCACCGAGGGCGGGGGGUCGCCCGCCGGCUCCCUCAGCUCCUUCAGUUCGGCGGGGCUGGAUGGGGGGAGCACAGGGGAGGGUGCUGGGGAGGCGCGGCGGGAGGAGACGCUGGGGGAGUGGGGCCCUCGCUUUGAGAAACUGAGAGCUCUGUACGAGCGAGCCGAGGCCAGCGACCUCUGAGCGACGGGACGCUAAUAACAGAACGCCUUAUAAACCUUUCAAACGGUUAGCGGUGAGGGAGCGGAGUGUGAGUGACUGACACUCUCACUCCGGUCUGUCUCAGUCCGGGUUGUUGUGGCCCUGCUGCGGGACGACUGCUUUCUGAGAACAGACAUCAUCUCCAGGUGAGAUUAAGGCUUCAGAGCCUCCUGAACACACCGACGUCUCUCUGCAGAGUCGAGUUCUUCUGAGGCCGUUUUUAUUUCAAAUCAGCACCAGUGAAAAUGUAUUUUGUAUCUUGUUGCUGCUGAAUGAGAGCCGUGUAAAUAAGGGACAUGCGUUGCACACUGCACUAUAACAUCAUCCGUUUCUCAUACAGGGAUAGGGCCUUUUUUUUUUUUUUUUUUUUUUUAGUUGUUUUUUAAUAUAUACUGUAUUAUGUUCUGCCACUUGGCUCCGUACAGUUUCUGAAGUUUCGUUUCAAGUUUUUAUGAGGGGAAAAAGUGAAGAUGUGUUUCGACGAUGAGACCAGGGCAGAUUUUCCUCUGGAAAUACUUUUCCUGGAACCUUCCAGCCUUUACUGGCCUGUUUGCUCAUGGCAGCUGAAACUCAACCUGAGUGUUGACCUCAGUCACAGAGAGCAAGAGAGAGUUUCUAAAGCCACAGUCAGACUUUCUGUUUUCAAUCUUUAUAACUUACAUAUCUACAGAGGAGAGAGUUGCCCAGAAUUAAAAUAACUUCAAAGUCACAUAAGUGACGGUAGUUGGAUUUUUAAUAAAUAAAUCAUAAAAGAUGUUUCUUAAAGUAGCAUUCACCAACACCAACAGCAUCUCCUCUCUUAAAUUUAAUGACAAAUUUUGAAUUUGAAUUGAUUUAUUAAGAGAUGGCAUGUAUUAAUUAUCAUGAGUGUAGUAAAACACACUAAUUUUCACACACAAACACACACACACACGGGUAAACACAUACACCUCUUCCUGAGUAACUGGAGCAGAGGAAGAAACAUGUAGAAUUCCUGUAAAAAAUUACAGGAAUUGUUUAAUAUAUUGAAAUAUGCAGCUCAGGAUGACAGAAAAUUGAAGCUGUUGAUGAAUUUACACUGAAAAAACUGUCGGCUUGAUAAAACCAACUCUCUCCAAUAGAGAGACAGAUAAAAGUACUCGGUUCCUACCAGAACCUUCUGGGUGAACUUCCUGCCUAUCAGGUUGGACCUGCUGGUCGCCAUGGAGUGGCCCCUAAGAAAAGGUUCCUGGAAAUGGUUCCUGGAAAAGGUUCCUGGAAAAGGUUCCUGCAGGUAAUAUGCCCCCGGGUGCCAAAGGUUGGACUUUUUUUUUUUUUUGCUCUUUUAGCUCAGUUGAGUACUUGAGUAUUGGUGAAGUGUUUCGAGCUCCAGCACUCUGCAGGUUGUAAGACAUCAAGCCGUCUCUACUUAGCACCGCGCCCGCGUCUUCAUUUCAUUUCCUAUUCUCAUCCGCUCCGCCACCGCCGCCGCUCACUGUAGCUCACCCAAGGGGGGCCGGCGGGGGCCGCACGAAAAUUCAAACAGAUCUCUAACAAAGAGGCGCGAGUGGACGAGUGGCCCACGGGCCGGCGGGGGGAGUGAGGGGGGGCGGACGCUCGGCCCGCGCGCCUCCACAGGCAUACCAAAUGUGGCAGCUGCUACAGACUGUUUAAACAGGCGGUCGCUCAGCGGAAUACAAACUACGCAGAGCAGCUUCCCAAGGUGACAGCUCAAGAAAUUCAAAUAAAUGAAGGAGCGGGUCGGAGGAGAUUUAAACGGAUUAUUCAUACAGACGCCAUAGCAGGAGCACCUGUGCAUUGAAAUCAUACAGAAAUAUCUGCACCGUCUUUCCCACGUCACCAGGGGAUGACGGAUUUGAGUUUCCCAUCCCCCCUCCCCCCACCCCUUUUCUUAAACUACACAAUCCUCCUCGUGAUGCUUUUGACCCAGUGAGAAGCAUUUAUCUGGAAAAGAACAAAGAGGAGAAAUAAACGUCAGAAAGGAAGCAGCGUGCAGGGAGUGGGAAGGCCCAGCUCCUCUCACCUUUGAUAAGAGAGAUGAUUACAUGGUGGAGGGCUGGAUCAGAGAGGCUGAGAGCGCUCGGCUCUGUGAUGACAGGAAGGAGGUGUGGAUGGAAAUGUAGGCAGGAAGCAACAGUCAGUGACACUUCAAACAGCCUGACCUCUGCUGUGGCCAGCAGGUGGCAGGCCUACUGGGUCGGCUGGUCACUCUGGUUGGCUUGAAGAGACAUUGUUCAUCCUUGCAGUAAUUGUAGCAAAAAGUCAUCAACUUUAUAUCGCAAUUAUAAAGAAAUGCACAAUAAAGCAAAUUCAUAUCAAUGCAUCCAAACCGUGCACACAAUAAAUUUGGAAAUGUUAUGUAAGUUUUAUAAAACAUGUUUUAUACAUAUUUGUUGAAACUGUCACCAAGUGGUGAUAGUUUAGUAUGAGACAGACAAGCUGUGAAAAGGUCCAUGUCCUCCACCUCCUCCCUGAGCUGCUACAGCCGUCUGCUGCACUACCAGUCAGAGCCAGGAGGAGGGGCUUACGGCUGUCAAUCAGUUUCUGUGAGCGCGUUAAUAUGCUAAUGGCAGAUACACAACUUAUCACAGGAAAACUGUCAUCAGUGGCUAACUAGCAUUAGCAUUCACAUCAGGCUCUGUUGACUGAGAGAAGCAGUAGUGAAGCAAAGAGGGGUGAGAGGGGUGAGUGGAUGGGCAUGAUUGACGGCGUUAAGUCCCUCCUCCAGGCUCUGAUUGGUUGUUUCUAGAUAGCACUGGGAAAAGACAGAGUAUCUCAUACCAUACCAUCACAGUUUCAACAAAUAUUUAAUAAAAUAUUUGAAUAAAAGUUACAUACUGCAGCUUUAAUCAAAUCCUAAAGAGUCAAACUGCACUGAUCCACUCCAAAUGGAGUUAAAAUAACUUUUUAAAAGAGUUACACGCCAUGAUGGAGUUGAAACAACACUACCAAUAGUUUAAGUGUAACACACAUCACCUCAGUGUUGAAUUUACCUAACACUAGUGUCUCACAUGUUGACAGUAUCAAUGUGUUAAUUUAACACUGAAUAAAAUACAUUAACUCUAUGGAAAGUUUUAAAUGUAGCUCAAAAUAAAAAUCAGAAUUUUUUAAAAUAGUAAAUUCAGAAUCACUUACCAGAUCAAUAGAUGGCACUUAAACUGAAAGUGAAAGUUUGAAUCCAGCAGAAUUUCAAAACAAACAUUAUAUAAAGCAGCACCAGGCCUCUUCAACCUUUAUAACCCAAAGAGCCGUAAAUGUCACAUGAUUUACAAAAUAUAUUUAUAUAUAUAUUGGAAUUUUUGUUAAAUAGCUAAUAUAAGAUUGUUGUUGACAUGUUAAAAGAAUAUAUAAUUUAUUUCUGUUUUUAGGUGUUAAAA